AUGACAAAGACACCCAAGGCACCGGUAAAGAAGGCAAAAAAUACUACAAGUAUGGGGCGUGUUAUAUUCUACUUUAUCGCGUUGAUAGUCGCGUGUUGUGCGGUCGCGGUUGUGCUAUUCGAGACAGAAGCUGGUCAAGAGUUAGUCGCCAAAGUUCGAGGUAGAAAAUCGUCGAGUUCUCGAGCGAACGCACACGCAAAAGCGAAAUACACCGAGAGAAAACCUUCAGAGAGUAAAAUAAACCGUGGCGAUGAUGAGUCGAAGACAGCAGAGCAAACAGAGAGCGCAUUGCCAAACGCCGACAGUGUUUUGAACAAAGAUAGAGACACGUCAGCAAAAGCGAGCGACAAUUCAAACGAAGCCAAGAGUAGCGAAUCGAGGAAUGAUGAUACCACAGCAAAUAACGAUGCCCAGCAAGAGAAUACGGCUAGAGAAUCUGUGCGUGAAACCGCCAGCGAAAUCGGCGGAGAUUAUGCAAAUGUAGGAGACUCACAAAUGGACGAGACGACGUCAAAUAUGGACAGCGGUGAAUUCAAUGAGGAGAAGGAAGAGUGGGAGAAAAUUGACGAACAAAUAGACGGAGAUGAACAAGUUGAGAAACCGGUUGAGGAAAUGGAUAUACCCGUUGUGGAAAUGGAAAAACCUGAUGUGCAACAGGAGAAACCGGAUGAAAGACAGACUAAGGAACAAGAAAAGCCAGAUGAGGAACCUGUUUUUGUGGAACCUGAAAUAGAACGAGCGGAACAAGGAGAAGAAUUUUUGGAAGGAGAAGUGGAUAACAAUGAAGAGCAAGAUGGGAAAGUGGAUGAAACUGAGCAAAACGUAGCUGACAAAGUAAAUGAAAGUGAAAAGAAACAACAGGAAGAAGUGAAUGAAGAGAUGGAUGAAGUUGAUGACAGUGAAAUGGGAAAAGAGGAAACCAUAAGUGUUGGCGAUAGUUUGGCAGACCUGGAAAAGGAGAGAACCACAGAGAAUAAGCAAGUGAAAGAAGAAAAGAAAUUAAAGGAAGAGAAGGAAUUGCUGGAGGGAGAACGCUAUGAUCCAAUUCCUCAACCCGAGGGACCACCCAUUGAUCAGAGUCCUGUGAAUGCUCGACGUGGUUUGAGAGGAGAUUAUGGCGGCAAAGGUAGGAUGGAAUUUGAUAGUAGUUGUGUGACAAGUUUAACUACUUUUUUUGGGAAGACAUUUCUGGAAUCAUAACCUGGGUCAAUAAAUCUGGAACAACAAAAACGCACAAGUUCUUACAGGUCUGCAAACAAGUUGUUGCAAAUCUGUUCACAAGCUGUGUUCUCACUGCUUGUUCCCAGUUGUAAUAAGUUUGGAACAAGUUGUUAACAAAUUAUAACAAGCUUGAUGGCAUUAUCAGACUUGUUACAAGGUUCUUCUAACAAGUCUGAUACAGUCAUGAUAUAACAAGAAUGUUACAAGUUGACCACACAUAAGGUUGUAACAAUAUUGUUAUAUCAUGAUUGUAUUGGACUUGUUGAACAACCUUGCAACAAGUCUGAUGACAUCAACAAGGUUGUUACAACUUGUUAACAGCUUGUUCCAAACUUGUUGAGAACUUGGGACAAGCAGUGCGAACACAUGCAUUUUUCUCUAUUAUUUGAAAUGUACUCUACUUAGUAUUUUGAUUCUAUCAAUACAGUUCAAAAUUUUAGGACAUUGUUUUGAAAGAAAGGGCGAUAUAGAACAUUUCGACCACUUGAUCGUGAGUGGAUGACAGUAUUGUAAUGUUAAUAUUUAUUGUGCUCCUACCACACGCAAAAAUCUCACAUCUUGUAGCAAGUCUGUCAACAAGUUUGGUUUCUUAUUUUGUUGUUAUAUAAAUACUGAGAAAAAGUCCAGGAUCUAGACAAGAAUUGGCGACCAAAAAUCUGGGGAAUAACGCCCUAAGACACGGACUUAUUUUUGUUUUUAAUUUAGACUGUAAAGAUACAAACAAGAGCUGUGGAGGCUGGGCAUCGGUUGGAGAAUGCAAGAAAAAUCCUGUCUGGAUGCAUGUUAAUUGCAAGAAAAGCUGUGACGUUUGCAGUAAGUUGUAUAAUCUGACUCGUUGUAACUUGUAAGGUUUACUUUACAAGACUUUACAACAAAGAAGUGAAUGUCCUCAGUUUUAAAUUAUCCUAAAAUUCCAAACGAACCCUCCCAACCUCCCUCAUACGUUUGUCAGGUUAUUCAUUGUUCUUCGGACAACUGUCGGAGUCCGAAAUUGUCUGAAGAACAAUUAAUAACCCAUGAUUAGCUCAGUUUACUAGUUUUAUCAUUCAUCCUUACAAAAAAAGUUCUAUGAAAAUGAAACUUAAUGGGGAGAAUCACCUCUCUUUUUUCUGGAGGACAGGAAUAUUUAAUAAACAAUUAUUGGAUGAGUCUGAGCUGGGCGUACAGGAGCGGAAAAAUUAGGGGGCAGAACAAAAUUUGCCCGACUUUUGCAUUCUGCCCGACCAAUUAAAUCCCCUGCUAAACUUGAGAAACUUUCGAAAAGCUAAAAAUGUUUCGCCACAUUGCCCCAUUUUUUUUGCAUUUUUUACUAUUAUCUUACAUAUUUCUUUUUUUCAGUCAGUUUAUUUCCCCCACUUUUUCCCAACUUACUUUCAACAUUUGCCUGACUUAUAGGCAUUUCAAUUUUUGGGGGGGGGGGGGGGACAGCUGGGAGGCAUAUCAAGAAUUAUUCAGGUCGAGGUCAUUGUUGACCAUUGUUAUCUGUGGAAGCGAAGCUGUUUUAUGACACAUCCUGUCAAAAAAGCCAAGACUACCGGACAGCUUAGGGACCGGUCAUAAAGUAACUGCUAGGGUGGGCUGGAGUGAUUUGGGAUGGGCCAUGGAAAAUCUUUAGGCAGUUUCGAUGGGCCGCCAAUUUUUUUGUAUGUCCACGUUUGGGCCACCAAACAAAAACCCAACAUGGGCAGAUAUUAAAUUAAUAAUAGAAGUAAACAAAACUAUCCAAAUUAUUAAAUGCAAAUGAUGUUAUUGAAGCCAGUACUUUGUUUUAUACAACAACAAGAAGUGGUCGAAUCACAAUAAAUACAACCAAAUGGAGAACAGCUCAGUAUCGUAAUUGGUGAUGAAUUUGUUGGUCAACUUGGUGCAAUUAUGUUGGUCAACUUGGUUUAUUAUAAAAGUGUAUUUUCCCAAUUUAGAUUGGGUGGGUGGGUGGGUCAUGAAAUAAAUUUGGUAAGUCUAGAUGGGCUUUGAAAUUUUUAUCUACAUCCUAAGAUGGGUCACCAAACUUAUUGGAAAAAUUUGUGAUUUACCUCCAGCCCACCCUAGCAGUUACUUUAUGACCAGUCCCUUAGAUCACAUCACCCUGAUGUUUUUCUUUUGUUUGUCCCAGGCUGUAGUGACAAUGACGUAAAAUGCGCAGAAUGGGCUAAAACAGGAGAAUGUAAAAAGAAUGCACAAUGGAUGAACCAAAAUUGCAUGAAAAGUUGUGAACAAUGCUAGACACGGUAGAGUGGCCACAAUAUUGUAGGACAAACGAUUUCUUGAAUACCUCGACACAAUCUCGCUGUGGCUUAGCUAUUUAAAUACUGUAGGUGAAAUUGCAACAUUAACACACAAGGACAUCACAAAUUGGGAGGUUUUCAGCCCUGGUUCACACGAACGAGAUAAGCAUAAGUAGGAAUGCAAAAGAAAAUUUUACCUUUGCGACUUGCAACGACAGAGCGGACAGAAUUUUCUUGUGAACUUCCUGUGAGAUUUGUGUUUUAAAGGUGAUCUACAGACCGUAUGUAAACAAAGCCUUUGUUUACAUUUUUGUGUCCAAAAUAUUGAGCUUUAUUCGACAACUAUUUAUAUUUUCAAGCUUCUAGAGUAUAAUAAAUGAUCAAGAAACAACAAAUAAGCUUUUCAAGAAAUCAAAACAUAGUUAAACUGUUUGUAUCAUAAAAAGUGGGCUCAUUUGUGCACAUGCGCAGAUCAGACUGUAGAUCACCUUUCAGUUUGCGCUUAUGUCGAAGUUAACGUCGCAUACUUCGUUUUGCUUUUUGUCUUUUCUUAUGCUUGUGCUUAUCUCACUCAUGUGAAUCGGGCUUAAGGGGGUUAUAUAAAUUUACCGCCGGACCAUAAAAGCAUAGGUAUGUUGUGAAUCAAACAAAUUUGCUUGAAAUUUAAGGCAAUAGACCUUUCCCCUUAUUACCAAAAUUUUGAUCUAGGCAAGUCUAGACAAAUAUUUCAUCACAGCUUGAAAGAGCAUCACAAAAGUAGUAAUAUUCCAAAGUUUCGUUGCGAAAUGUUGUAAAAUGAGGAAAAUAGAGCCUUGCGAAGUUUGCAAUUUUCAGUCAUUUUACAUUUACAAACGGGAAAUUGCAACCCCAAUACCCGAAUCGGAUGUCAAUUUCCCGUUUGUAAUACAAAAUGACUGAAAAACGGCAAACUUCGCAAGGCUAUAUUAUCCGCAUUUUACAAGAUUUUGCAACAAAACUUUGGAAUAUUACUAAUUUUGUGAUGCUCUUUCAAGCUGUGAUGGAAUUUUUGUCUAGAUCGAAAUUUUAGUUAUAAGGGGAAAGGUCCAUUGUAGCCUGCGAACAGGCUCUCAAGCUGAAUUGAGCUCAGCUUGAGAGCCUGUUCGCAGGCUAUUUUGCAGGCAGGGUGUCCGCCAGGGGGGUAAUCCUACUGAAUUCGUAACUGAGUGGGCUUUACUAAGGCACUAUUACAGUAUACAGCCACUUCAAAAAAGGUUGUCUUUUGCAAACCUUAAAGACCAUGUCAAGUCCGUUCUCCCACAGAUAUAAACAUUGCCCAAAUUUUGCAUCUUUCGAACUUUUUUGAAUUGAAAUGUACACUAGUUUAUAUUCAUUUACAAUAGCGAACCAGAAAAGUGUUAGAUAUUCAGUUAGUAUGUCUUAUUUUACAAAUAUAGCAGUUCAAAAUGUAAACAAAGGCUUUGUUUACAUUACCGACUUGGCAUGAUCUUUAAACUCUAAGCUUAAACUCUAAGCGCGCAAAGUUUAAUGGAAGCACAAGUUUCAAGCUUAGCAGUUGAAUAUUGCAGCUAUUGUGAAUGAAUUGUUCGAGCGUAAGAAAAUAUUUACCAUGUGCGCUUUCCAUUUAAUGGCCUGACCAGUCAGACCCAACUUCUUUUCUCUGUGUCAAUGGAAAGAUCUGGUCUAUGUUUCUCAAAUAUCUAGCGAAAAUGGACCUCGUUCUAAUGUUAUCUAAAAUUUCUGGUCAGAUAGAUCCGAAGCCCAAAUUUUCUGUGCUUCAUUCAACAAUUUGAUCGUUUUGACCGGUUUGGCCGUGUUAAUGGAAAGCGCCCAUGUCUCUAAGAAAUGGGCCCCAUAUAUGAUUUCUGAACUGACUAAAUGAUGCUCCCCCAUUAUGCUUUGCACGCUUAGAGUUUAAGGUUUGCAAAGGACAACCUUUUUUGAAUUAUUAGCUGUAGAUAGGGAUGGGCGAUACCAGCUUUUUCAUUCGAUACGAUAUUUGCUCGAUAUUUGCAGUUUUUUUUCGAUUUCGAUAUCGAUACCGAUAUCGAUAUUUUCCCAACUUGAAAUCAUUAACAACGGCCACAACGCUAACAAUAUAAACAUUGAAUAAUAUAUGUCAGUGAUUGCAACCAACAUAACCAGAAACUCCCAUCCUUCCCGUGGACCAUUAUAGCACCAUAGAAAAUGGACUAUUUACGCCUAUUUAGGCUUUUUAGUAUCAUUUUCAUGAUGAUGCCGCUGACCAAAAUGAAAAAUAUCGCGGGCGCAGAAAUAUCGAAACAUCGAUAUUUCUUGCCAGUAUCGAUACUUUUCUUCAAAACCCUGGUAUCGAUAGUAUCGAGUAUUUGGUAUCGAUAUCGGCCCAUCCCUAGCUGUAUACUAUCUCAUUAAGGUCAAUUAGCUUUUCUCACGAAGGCCAAAAUCCGUCAUUUUGAGGGCAUUGUCGGCCCUCGUGAAAGAUUCUAGACAAUUCAAACAACGUUUAAAAGUUGUAACUGUAUAAAUUUUUUGGCAGUUAUCAGAGCGAGGAAUACUGUCGUAAUCCUGUACUGGUCUGGUGGCGAAUAAAUAUAAUUUAGGGAUGUAGUUUAAUUUGAUCGUUUCAAUUUCUCAAACGUUUUGGUAACGACUGGAAAAAAUCCUCCAUGAUUUGUGAUGUCCCCUUCGACAUUGUAUGCCAUAAAUCGCUAUUAGCUUCGCGUAUUUGCUUGCAUUGUGCAUGAACUCAAAAACAAAUCGGCUGUGCGUGCCUGAUGCAUCCAUAAAUUUAGUUCUGCUGUAAAGAACUUGGCGUAGUUUAAUAAAUGGUCACAUUUCACUUGGUAUAAAUCUAUUUGUGGAAUAAAUUUUGAUAAUUCUGAAUGCACCCUUCUGCAAAGAACGUCACUUUGGCUAUAGAACCAAAGUUGAAUUCAAGGAAAGAUCUCCCAAUCGGUUUUUACCCUAUACAGGGAGUACAAAAAAAAGGAGACUGUUAAAAUCAACCGUUGUUAUAAUAAUUUAAUUUUUUUCAUUUAUUCUUGAAAAAAAAAUUUUUUUCAAUUUUUUUCCAAUUUUAAAAGUUAAAAAAAUUUAAAAAGUUAAAAAAAUUUUGCUUCAAAUUUGGGCGGAUCGGCGGAUUUGUAUACCCCUAUUCACCCCCCCUCCCCCCCGAGCACCAACAUGGUGGCUAUGACGUCAUGUGCAAACACUCUGUACACAGUAGAGGUGUGCAUCGGAUCGGAUUGGACGUUUAUAAUCCGACAAUAGACCUUAUGUAUAAUGACGUCAUAAGACUUGAUGCCCGCGAGGAAUGCUGGUCUUAGUAGUCAUCGCCCGGGAAAAUUCAAAAAUUCAAAAUGGCCACUAUCGAAAUUUUCCCGGGCGAUGACUACUAAGACCAGCAUUCCUCGCCGGCAUCAAGCCUUGUGACGUCAUUAUGCAUAAGGUCUAUUGCCUAAUGAUUAAAAUCCGAUCCGAAAUUGUCUAAUCCGAUCCGAGUUUUGAAAAAGAAUUCCAAUCCGAUCCGAAGAAUUCUUUAAUAAAAUAAAUUUCUCAUUCAAGUUGAAAUAUUUAUCCAAAUAAAUAUAAAAGCAAGAAAUACAUGUCAAGAAGCUGACAAAGUGACGUCCAAUUGAAGUAUCAAACGAAUAAUGCAGCGACAACCGCGAUGAUACUUUGAUAAAUGCAUGGAUAAUUAAUUCUUGCGAUAAUGCGUGGAUAAUUAAUUCAUUUUAUUUCGGAUAUCGAAGUCCGAUCCGAUCCGACUACGAAACAACUUUAUCAAUCCGAUCCGAAAUGAAUAUUUUGGUUCCGAAAUCCGAACGAAUCGAUCGGAUCGGAUUCGGCCGGAUCGGUUUCGGAUCGGAUUUGCACACCUCUAGUACACAGUGUCCCAAAAAACUAUACCCUUUGAAAUUUUCCUAUUGUAAUAAUUUGAAUGCCUGAGCAUUAUACUGAACCCACGCAAGUGUAAAAUUGAAAAACAAGAUCUUAAUAAAUAAGCCUUUUGAAAUCAAGCCUUUGUUUGAAUUUGAAUGCUUCAGCCUAAUUACUACACUAAACUGGUGUCAAGUAACGAAGUAAAUGUACUUCGGUACGAAGUAAAUGUACUUCGGUACGAAGUAAAUGUACUUCGUUACUGUACUUGAGUACUAUUUUUGAGAAGUCAGCAUGUAACAAAGUAAACUUUUUCUGGAGUACUUUUACUUGGAACGAAGUCGUUUUAAGAAGUAACGUUUUACUUCGUUAUUUUCAUUUUGUGGCGAAGUAUUUCGUUACUUUCUAACUUUUCUUUAAUUUUACGUGAUUUACUUUGAUUGUCAGAUAGGUAAUACGACCUCUACAUGCAUCUGGGAUCUCUCGUUUGUGACUUACUUAUUAGUAUUAAAUUUAUUUAAUGGAUUUCUUAUAUCUUCAACGGGGUCUGGAAAAUAGACCAUGUCGUGAAAUAUUGCAUAUUUAUAAUGCGUGUGCUGUUUUGUGUUUUUUUUUUGUAUCUCAGUCCAUCAAUGGAGAAGUCCCCUCCCUACACGCUACAGACAAUAGUAUUUUUACUUUUACUUUGUACUUCAAGUAUUUUUUAAGGAUACUUUGUACUUUUUACUUAAGUACGUUUUGCCUCCAGUACUUUUUACUCUUACUCAAGUCGUUUUAUUGUCAAUUACUUCUACUUUUGCUCGAGUACAAAUUCAAAGUAAUUUAGGUACCACUGGUCGCGAUCUUUCUCGACGACCAGUUUAUAAUAGUUCAUACCUGUAAACCACAUACGAAAUCCGAUAAACAACGACCUUGUUGAAACAGAUUCCGUCAUUAUUACUAUUCAUCAUUAAUAUCAACUAUUAUUCAUUCGAAGUGAGUUGCAAACAAAAUCUUGGUGUCAGUAAUUUUGUGUCAAACAAUUUUCGUCAACGUAUAUAUUAAUUUAUAUGGUCUUACUUUACACAACACAGAAAAGUCUCGUUCGCCUUGAAUUUAUCCUUGCCCUUGGCUCUUUAAAUUCAUGAAUUAAAUUCUCACUGCAGGAUCAAUAAUACGGGAUUUAUUAAGCGAGUUCAAUACAGCCCUUAUUAAUUGCAUGGAAUUACCAUACUGGCAAGCCAAUCACAACUAAGCAGCAUGCAUGCAUGCAUUUAAAUUUCAAAUUUACCACAGUGAAGUAAUAUAAAGUAAGAAGUGACAGGAACACUUCCAUUGCGCUACACGCGAGUUAGGUUACAGUUAGGUUAGGUUUCGGCAUUACAUAAACUUUUUACCGUCAAAACGUGGUUCUGCCUCAAAAUAAAAUUAUGUUUCUACCACGUCAUGGAAUGCUCUUGGGUAUAUUCACAGUUGUACUCGCAAGCUUACGUGUCCAAGCAAAUCCUCUAACCAGAGAAAAGAGGGGUAAGUAAAAUUAUAAUCCUUCAAUGAUGCGUUUAAUUGAAGGCUACGGGUACUUGCAGCAUGGUUAGUUUGUAUUAGUAGCUCAGCCAGCAAAGUUUGGCUCAUGACGCACAGAACUCCACUAUAAAUUAAUGGUACAGAAUGAAUUGACGUAUUUGAUGCGAUUUGAUAAGGUCAUUAAGAUUUAAGAAGUCGACAAAUAUUAAGGUCAGACUUUAAUUAUACAAAGAUUCGGCAAAAGUUUAAAUAGAGAAUAAUACAUUGGUGCGCGGAAAUACCAGAUUUAUUUCUCGUGUUGAACAUGAUAUCUCAUGAUUGAGCGAUGCGAACGAGUGAGAUAUCAUGUUCAACACGAGAAAUAAAUCUAGUAUUUCCAAGCAUCCAUGUAUUUUUCUGUUUAUUAUAUAAAGGACAAUCUUUGAAAAGCGAUAAUUUUUACAGAAAAGCGAUAAUUGAAAAGCGAUAAUUUUCACAUGUGAGAUUAUCAUGAAUAAUCUCACAUGUGAGAUUAUCACUUUUAUCAGUGCUCGAAAUCUCUAUAAAGCACUAUACUUUAUAUAAUAAAAUCAAAUAAAAUAUACAUGUCGUAAAUUUGGUACUUGGUCUUGGAAGAAUUCUAUGAGAUCAACCAGCCCGCUUUUAAAAGAUGCCAAAAAUGAUCUUAUUGAUGAGCACCAUUAUGGAAGUCAUUAAUUGCUAUUACUGUAAGAUAGUAUUAUUUAGGACAAUCUAUUCCUCACUGUAACGAGUACAAAGGAAAAUGGCGAUAAUUUAAUGUGCUUGGUUGCAUGGGAACGGCUUACCGUCACGGAGUUACAUCUUACGCCAUGGUCUUCCUCCCACAAUUUAAGAAAAUUAAACUUUAGGGACCGGUCACAAAGUAACUGCUAGGGGGGGGGGGCUGGAGUGAUUUGGGAUGGGCCAUGGGCCUAAGUUAUAAAAGUGUAUUUUCCCAAUUUAGAUUGGGUGGGUCAUGAAACUUUUUUUGUAAGAUUAGAUGGGCUUUGAAAUUUUUAUCUACAUCCUAAGAUGGGUCACCAAACUUAUUGGCAAAAUUUGUGAUUUGCCUCCAGCCCACCCUAGCAGUUACUUUAUGACCAGUCCCUUACCGCACUUCUAAAUAAUAGCAAGUUCUUACAUUUUCGGCGUUUUGUUGCAAAAGUUGCUCCAGAUAAUCUUCUCGAACUACGAGAUUAUCUCGACAACAUUUGAGUUCGUUUAAUGGGCGUUUGAACAUUCGUUUAAACCUAGUGAAAUUUUCCAAUACACCGAAAACAUCCGGAUAUCGGCUUGGCAACAACAUAUGUGUUAUUUGAAGGAGAUAUAGCGAUGAAUCCCAAUCAGUUACUAUAGAUAUUGAAAAAGUUGAAACGUAUCAUCGAAAACGUAAUGUCGUGUACAGUUAGUUAUAGAGGGACAGUUUUGUCGUUGGCAAUUGAGUCACUCAUUUGGUCGUGAAUUUGAAAUGUCUAUUUUUCUCUCAGAUCAAAAAAUGUCCAGUUGGUCAUUGUGGUCGGAAUGUGAUCAGCAUUGUUAUAAAGAGCGACAAAGGUCUUGCUUGAGUAGAAACAAAGCUGAUUGUCCAAAUACUAAUUACUAUGGCAUUGAAACGGAUAAGGCUAAAUGCUCUCCAUGUUCAGGUAAUAUACGGUAGAGGUUCAGAUUUGACUUCCAUUCAUUGAACUAUAAGUAAACAGGAACGAUAAGUUGGCCGCCAUCAUUGAAGCCGGUUAUGAGUGUUUUCUGCAGUAGUCUUUUUUUACAAAAUGGAUGUGAAAAAUAGAGCUUAAAAAUCGUCAAUAUUUUCUCACUUUUACUUCUUGCAAGGCUUUAUAGCUAUUUAUCUCAGAGCACAGUUAGACAACACAUCUUUUAUCUAAGGCGCAUAAAAUAAGCAAAUAUUGUUUAGCUGCCGAAAUAUAACACGAACAAAACGAAAUUCGGCAACAAAAAAAAUGCGCGGAAAUUUAAAGUGGGACUGACACUCGAGAAGCGUGUAAAACACGAGGCGUACUCUCGUAUUCUCCCAACAUUCCCCGAUUGCAUUGUCACGCCAUAAACGCAUUGACGAGUCCGAUUAACCAAUCAGAUGCGUUUGAUAUAUCCAAUUAACCAAUCAGAUGCGUUUGAUGUACCCGAUUAACCAAUCAGAUGCGUUUGAUAUACCCGAUUAAUCAAUCAGAUGCGUUUGAUAUAUCCGAUUAACCAAUCAGAUGCGUUUGAUAUAUCCGAUUAACCAAUCAGAUGCGUUUGAUAUACCCGAUUAACCAAUCAGAUGGGUUUGAUAUAUCCGAUUAACCAAUCAGAUGCGUUUGAUAUACCCGAUUAACCAAUCAGAUGCGUUUGAUAUAUCCGAUUAACCAAUCAGAUGCGUUUGAUAUAUCCGAUUAACCAAUCAGACGCGUUUGAUAUAUCCGAUUAACCAAUCAGAUGCGUUUGAUAUACCCGAUUAACCAAUCAGAUGCGUUUGAUAUAUCUGAUUAACCAAUCAGAUGCGUUUGAUAUACCCGAUUAACCAAUCAGAUGCGUUUGAUAUACCCGAUUAACCAAUCAGAUGCGUUUGAUAUAUCCGAUUAACCAAUCAGAUGCGUUUGAUAUAUCCGAUUAACCAAUCAGAUGCGUUUGAUAUAUCCGAUUAACCAAUCAGAUGCGUUUGAUAUACCCAAUUAACCAAUCAGAUGCGUUCUAAGCCAGUGAGAGGUAGUGGUAGUGGAAGUCAAAUCUGAACCUCGCUAAUAUUAGAGCUAUGUCGCACAAAUUAAAAGGCCCAAUUUUGGGACGGUAACUCACAUUAAACCGCCUAAACUGCCCUUACAUCGCAGCUUAGAAUUGGCCGAAGUUGUCUCAAAUCGCCAAAACUCGCAUUAUCUCGUGGCGGGUUUAAUUAGGCGAAUUACCGUCCCAGAGUACGCCUUACAAAUAAAAUUUGUUUAGUUUCUCGAGUCCUACUGUACGUAGAUUUACACACCAUAUGAGCUGGUUUCACUUACUUCCAUAGUUCCAGUUGAUGGUAAUUGGGGUAUGUGGUCAUCAUGGGGAGCUUGUUCAAAGACUUGUGACGAAGGAAAGCACACACGAACCAGACAGUGCGAUAAUCCCAAGCCAAGUAAUGGAGGCAAGGCUUGCAUUGGAGAAAGUAUCGAUGUUUCCACUUGCCUUAAUAAAAGAUGCAAAACCGGUAAGAUGAUGAUGAUAUUUUAUCAAUUAAUGUCUCCAAUCUACUUAUGAUAAUGGGAUCUUGGUUUAAUUUUGUUGAUCCAUGAGUGUGAUUACAGGAAAAAUCCUAAGCUGAACUAACUUUACUUACAUGCUAUCUAGCUCUGUCAGUUCUAAACUGUUCUUUCUAGAGGUCGAGUAAGAUUCAUCUCGUAUUAAUCCAGUGUUAUUACAGAUGACUACAAGCUUGUUGAGUUCAACAGACUUGUUACAAGUUGUUUCAAUUUCAAUAACUUGCUAUCGUCCUGCAAUUCAACAACUUGUUAACAAGUUGUGAGUGACAAGCUUGCUACAAGCCUGUUGCGAACAUAUCUUGUUGACAAGUGGUGAGAUUUUUACGCGUGUAGAUCAAUGCACUUCAAUGAAGACUUGUUGGUCAAUCGUUCCCUAGAGUGUAAAGAUGCAAACUCCAAUUGCUAUUCAUGGUCAACCACUGGAGAAUGUCAGAAGAACCCAAGCUACAUGCGUGUCAAUUGUAAGGCCAGUUGUGGGCUUUGUGGAGGUAUGGAAUACGUCUGUUUGGAAACGUAAUCAAAAUUCAAUUAGGAUCACUUUAUAAUAUUUAUUUUAAAACGUUUGGCACUUGUACUGCUCUAUCAGUUUUACGUCUUUCAAAAAUAAAGUUUAUAGUUAAAUAACGAGUGAGCCAUACUCAAAAUUAUAUUAUAGAGACAACUACCGGGUAUAAGCUACUCUGCAAUUUGAUUUUGCUCUCUACUAGCAGGAUAUUAGCUAACGCAACCUCAUUCUCGUACCCAGAGCCCUUCUUACGCGCGGUGUGACGAGGGGCUCAGGCCAAAUCCAUAUCCGAACUGGCAUAUGAUUGGCUAGUUCUAACACCGGAUAUUGUUUUCUUACCAUGUUUUUAUGGUAUCCGGUUAUGGAUUUGGCCAGAGCCCCUCGUCGCACCGCGCGUAAGAAGGACUCUGGGUACGAGAAUGACGCAACCUCCAACCGGAAAUUUGAAGCCAAACUCAAAGGCCAGUCCUAGUCUUUUCACGCAUUCAAAGAGCGCUUAAUCAGUCAAUCGUAAUAUAAACACGCGGGUUUGACCCCCACGGUCCGAGGUCAAAUUUUGGCUUCAAGAAAAAACUGGAAAGGCAGGCAGUUUAUCUGAACGUAUAGCGUUCCAGUUAUAGUCAAUUUAAUAUAUCCUGCCUGUGUAUCUUGGCGGUAGAAAAAAAACAAGAUGGCGGCUCAAACAUUACUGGAGUUUUCUGAACGAGAAAAGUUAUUCGCUUUUAAUAGCAUAAUUACGAGGAAUAAAAACAGAAUAAAAAUACUUCCAGCAUUUGUUUAUACAUGUUAGUACAUAAAAAUAAUGCCGAAAGAGCAAAGAUAAAACAGAAUAUUAAACUUUUUGAAAAAAAAAACUGAACUAAAACGAGGUCAGUUUCAUUUUUAUUUUUUUAGAUU